AAGCAGACGUCACCUUUACGAGUUGGUUAAGAUCGGGCAGGCUGGGAGUGCAGCUAGGAACACGCGCGGUCUAUCACACAUCGAUCAUAUCGCACAGCACCCUGACCGCUACUCAGCCGCGCCGAGCGCUCUCUCGGAUUUCCUCGGAACAGCAACAACUUGUCGUCUGUAUGCUUAGCACAGGUAACAUGAAGGGCAGGACGAACAGUCUGACUAUGACGCACGCUAUGACUCUGGCCGUUCUCCUAGUGUCCGUCCUCCCAGUAGUGGACACCCAGGAACUGGACUAUACAACCCCCAACCCCUCCGUGUGGUCGUUUGCCGACUACCCAGACCCCAUAUGGGACCACGCCAGGUGUGGCCGAGACAACAGGUCGUCGGUGUGCGACCCAAACGGAUUAAUUACCACGUUAGAAGCUGACGAAAUCGACCGUCUGACCGUCGACGUGUUGCGGACGACUCGAUGCCAGUGUGUCGAGUGUCACCAGAACCAACGAGGCUACGAGAUCAGAGUCGCGAUUAUGGCGGAAAUGAAACCCGUAUACAACAUGUCAUCAAACAUCAGGAACAGUUUGCUCAACGCUCGGACGUUUGCCUGGCUCCUGUCCCAGAAAUACAAGCUCACCGGGGUCUGCAACGAAACGUUGAUCAUUCUGUACGCCAGGAAUAACGGAGUGUUGUAUACGAUGACGCGUAAAGAAGCACGUGUCGGUUUACCCGAUGACGAUGUCGUCACCAUUACCGAAGAUAACCGGAAGUACUUUGACGACACUGCUACUAUCGGAAAAGGCAUUACAGAAAUGAUCAAAGGUUACAGACACGUUCUCCUUGGCAACACAUACCAACGUCCAGUAGCUGCAAAGUUCACCGCAGGGACAUGGAAUGGAGGAAGCCACAUGGUUUUGUCUUCUACCAUGCUGCAGUUGUGUUUCUUGUCAUUCUGUGUGGCAUUCCAUCAGCUGUUUGUGACAAACUGAACAAUAUUCCUAUUGUUUACAAAUGUGCCGCCAUAUACAUUCAUUGGUGGCCAGUUGUCUUACUGUCAAUGUUAAGUAAAAAAAAACAACAACAAAAAACGAAGCUAAUGAAAGGUAAUGAUGUAUUGAAAAUGUUUGUUAAUUGUAAAACUGGUAGCAAUAAAAGUAUUAAAAUACCACAUAACAGUUAAUAACACUACCAGUAAUAUAAGUUUUGUAUGAUGGCAUUAAAAUACCAUUGGACUAAUUGGAAACACACACACAUAUAUAUAUAUAUAAUACACCGAUGCAUCACGAUACUACUGCUGAUGUUACAAUACAAGAUACCCUUGCUUAUGUAUCGAUUCCUAUUUUAAUUCGAUGUUCAUUUACCAACACCAAUUUGUACUGGCAUGUACGUUUCUGACACGUUAUUUCCGUCACAAAAAACGACAGUGGACAGAGAAUAUGUACAUGCUUGUGUCAAUAUGUCUAUGAAGUGGUACUUCAACAUUAAAACUUUUUAAUUACAAGCAGUGUUUUACUUUUAUCAGGUUUAUUUUUUAGUUUUAAAUCAUUUCACCUAAGCUUCAACUUCUUGUUUUACUGUGAAAACACUGUAAAUCAGGUAUCGUGGUACUAGAUACUGUGAUACAUAUCGUAUCGUUAGGUAGGUGUAUCGUGACACCCUACAAGUUAUCCAACGUAGUGACAUAAUUGAAUUGUUUAUUCUCGUCAUGUGACCCAACUGUGUAUACUUUAUUAUUGGACAGUUUGGUGCCACUGUACACAAAGUAUACGCACUCGUUUCAUGUUUGAUGAUCUUAUCGAUAUGCAACGACCGCAUAUACCCUGUGUAUUAUCCUCAGAUUGUGGCAUAGUUAUGUAUGCUUUAUCAUCGAUAUGCGACGCAACUGUGUAUUCUUUGUUUUAUUAUCCACAAUGCAACUGUCUACUACACAAUGCAACUGUAUUAUUUAUUAAAUUAUAUUAUUAGGUUUUUAGUUGGGUAUUUUGGUGGGGGUCUCACAUACGUGGUGCUAUAGUUUGUUUUGUUUAACGACACCACUAGAGCACAGUGAUUAAUUAAUCAUCAAACAUUUGGUAAUUCUGACAGUCAUCAGAUAGAAUAGAUGCUUAACGACACCCUAUCACAAACGUAGUCAU